GUGAGAAUCUGACUGACUGGACCAAUGCUCCUGCAGAACCACCUGAAACUAGACAAUGGCUUCCUAGAUCUGCUGUACGAUCUGUCAAAGUGCAGACCAUCUGCAAACUGUUCUUAUCAUGUUCUUCAGAGAAUAACUGGCUGUAAACUGGAGAAACUUCCUGAUGGAACAAAGAGUGUGACUGUCUUUGAUGAAUAUGCAUUUGAUGGAGAGGAUUUUAUAUCAUUUAAUGCUGACACUAUGAAGUGGAUUGAUAAAAACCCCAAAGCCAAAGAAACUAAAGAGAAAUGGGAUCAUCAAACAAAACGUAAAAAACUCUUCAGGCAUUAUUUCAAAAACUGUUCUGAGUGGAUCCUCACAUUUAACAACACACAAAAAAGAUCUCCAGAUGUUCAUGUCUUUGCGAAGAAAUCUCCUGAUGCUGAAUGUAAGCUGAAUCUGACGUGUCUGGCCACUGUUUUCUACCCUAGAGAUGUUGAGAUGAUAAUUAGAUUGAACAAAACUGAACUUGAGAACCAAACAUCUUCUGAAAUCAGACCAAAUGGUGAUGAAACCUUUCAGAUGAGAAUCAGUGUGAAGAUCGACAGAAACCACAAAGGAUCUUAUGACUUGUCUGCUCAUUCACAGCAGUCUGACUGAACCAGUUUCAGUAGAAUGGGAUGGAAAACUGUGGAAAACUUCUAACUGUGAACCAGAAACUGGAUGGCGUGUUAUAGUAGGAGUAGUAGGAGCAGUAGUAGGUGUGUUUGUACUUGUAGUUCUCGCUGUUGGUUGUUUCAUCAUCAAAAGGAGAAG